GCCUUUGGCGCAUGGCUGGGGCAUUCCUGCAGGACAUCAGCCGCCGGCGCCGAACGUGAACCACCCGGGUUCGGCGACUACCUGGAUGCCCGGACCUACGACUGGCGGAUGGAAUCAGCUUCAACCUCCCACCUGGACGCCUCCCAUGGGGCUUCCAUGGAGUGCCGCGGACGGGAGCACUGGACCUCCAGGAGUCUGGAAAGGCGACUUCACAGACCCUCCCGCCUGGCCAGGAUGGCAGUACCGGAGACAGUGGGUCACGGCCGUCAGAAGAUGGAACAAGUUCACCGACAUUCCCUUGGGCAGGCGAUCCGAGCGAGUACUUCGUACCUUGGGAUGGGAAAUGAUGAGCGACUUCGAACAUAUUAGUGAGGCUCAGUUGGCAUCCGCGGACUACCUGGAGCUGAUCCUCAAGGUCAUCGAGAUGAAGGCCGGAGUUCGGGAGGAUGAUGAUCGAAGAGCAGCGUUCCGUGGAGUGCUGCACGAGAACUCCAGAAAGAAGGACGAGUCCUUGGGCCAGUAUGCCAAUCGUCGGCUUCGGGAUUUCGCCAAGGCGGCAUCCUACGGAGUGCAAUUGCCCCAGCAGUUACGCGCAGCUAUGCUCCGAGAGGGCUCGGGUUUGUCCGAGCAGGGGCAGCAGAACCUCACCACCCUCCUCCAAGGCCGGGACAACGAUGUCGAGAGCAUGGCCCUCCACCUGGCGCGGAUGGACACCCGCGGAGAUCGACUGUCAGGUUUCGUGAGCGAGGACUUCGGGCCAACGACACGCGAAAGCUACUUGGCCGACGAGGACCGCUACCAUGAGGAGGACGACGAGGACAACCUCCCGGAAGAGAGCUCGGACUCGGCUGAGGACCAGCUGAUCCUGGACGAGCUCACCGACAUGAACUUCACCCACGAGCAGGCGUCCCUUGUCUUCGCUCUCUUAGAGGACCGCCCUCCGAAGUUUCGCCGUACGUGGAAGGAGAACAAGAAGUUCAAGGCCGAGCUUCGGAAGGACAGAGGGAGCUUCACUAAGGGCGCCAGCGGAGGAGGACUCCAAGACGGUGGGCGUAUGGCAUCGAGGUGCCAUCUAUGCGGAAAGCGCGGGCACUGGGCAGAAGAUUGUCGACAGCAGGGCGGCAGACCCACGGCCAACGAGGGCGGCAACAAGAUGAGUGGAUUUUGCUACCUGGGAUCUGGAAGCCGUGGAGGAAGCCACUUCUCCUUCAUGACUUACGUGACCCCCGAGGCCUCCCUGGCGACCGUGGGCUCGUGGAACUUCCUGACGAUCCCCUCCGGCAUGGCGAUUUUGGAUAUUGGCGCCACUCAGGAUAUCAUCGGAAAGACGGCAUUCCGAGCACUUGAGCACGAGUUGGCAAGGUGCGGUCUUCAGACCCUGGAGAUCCCCACGACGUCGUCAGCGCCAACUGGGAUCGGAGGAGCUGCCAAGGUGAGCAAGACAGCUCUAGUUCCGAUAUCCCCUGGAGGAGUUCCGGGGGUGAUUCAGUUCUUGGUGAUUGACGGAGAGGUUCCCCCAUUGCUUUCCGUGGGGCUGCUGGAGCAUUUGGGCACUUCCAUGGACCUGACCACGAACGAGGUGCGGUUCAAGAACAUCGGCGUGGACCUGAGCAUGGUGAGUCUCCCUAGCGGGCACAAGGCUGUUCCGUUGGUGCAGUGGGAAGGUGGAGAUUUUCCAGUUCCCGAGGCUGUGCAAUCGCAGUACGGCCUCAGUCCCGGAGCUUUUGCGAAGGAUGCGGCGCUCUUCUCCGCUCAAUCGCCCAAAUGGGCAAUUGCUCUACGAGAAGUAGAACUCAAUUCGAUUUUCCCGCGACUCGCCUUGAACAUGGAGGAUCCAUCUCGAUCGAUGGAGGCGAGGACGGGCGAUACUCAGAAUGCGAUCGCAUGGAAGUGGCGCCGACUCAUGAUGCGCGUCUACUACGUGGUGGAGUCGAUCCGGGCCAACUACGCCCGCCUGGCCUCCGCGGAGACCCACCAGAAGAGCAUCUUGUCGGAGAGGAAGAAGUUCCUGACCGCGGACGUCCAGGAGCCCAUGAAGUGCCUCCACCCGGGAAGUCCGAUUCGAAGGGCAAAUCAGUAUGCUUCAUGGACCGUGUGCCGGAAGUGCGAGGCGAGGCUGACGUACACCCCUCAUCCUGGACUACCUCGAGGCAAAGCCAAGGCCAGGAACAACCGAACCCCGGCAUCCUCAAGCGCUCCAGCGUCUUCGGUGGGAAGCUAUCCUUCUACGGCGACACCAAGCACAAGGCGCACGACCACCUCGCCACCAGUGGAGCACAUCCCCGAGGAGCUGAACGCCACCUUGAGGGCCAUGGCCUCCAGCUUUCACGAAGUGGGACAGACUCUGAGGGAGUUAGCUCGAGGCCAAGGACAGAUGCUGGCGAUGAUGCAGCAGCAAGGCGUUCCGGAGGAGAUCCACGAGAUGACGCUGCAGCAGGUUUCCGAAGAGGCGAUGAAGAACGCCGAUCAGGAGAUGGAGAACGCCGACUCGCCGGUCAGCUGGACUCAGAUUCCAAACCCCAAUCUCACCGACCUGCCGUGA